AAUUUAUUGUUAUCAAUGACAUUGACAUUAAUGAUGACAUUUAUUAUUAUCAAUGACAUUUCAUCUAUUUUCGUUAAAUCAAAUGAAUAAUUUCUUACAGGUUCCGGUUAUAAUGAAGAUAAUGAAUCUUUUGAAAUGAUGUCAGUUGGGUUUGAUAAGAUAUUUGCUUGUCCUUACUGUCCUUAUUCUUCAAACUUUAACUCAAACAUUAAAGUACAUAUGCGUACUCAUACUGGAGAACGUCCAUUUCACUGUGCAAUGUGUAAUAAGCAGUUUACUACUAAACAAUCAUUACAAAGACACAUGAUGAAACAUUCCGGUGAACGUCCUUUUAAGUGUAGGCUAUGCCCUAAAACAUUUACUCGUCAGUAUGUGUUAAGAGGACAUAUGUUAACUCACACAAAAUAUAAAAACUAUGGUGUUCAUGUAAUUCCUUAUCAAUAUUUCCCCAUUCAUGAGAAACCCGGAUUAAAUAGAAUGCUUUUAAAUAAAUGUGAUCUGCUUCUAAGGAAGGUUAUAGAAAUAAGCAAUUCUCCAGACUCAAAAUACUUUCUCAGCAUAAAUGAACAAAAUAUUACCAUUAGAAAGAGUUGUGAUAACUUAGUGGUUGAUGGACUGAGCUAUCAGUGUGAAGGACUGUUAUUUCUAGGUAGUUUGUUAAAGAAUGAUAGUGAAACUUCAUUUCUUCUAGAAAUAAAAGAAAAGUCUGUUAAGACUUAUAACUGCUCUUAUUGCUCUUACUCUACUGUUUACAAUUCUAAUUUAAAAGUGCACAUGCGAAAACAUACAGGAGAACGCCCUUUUCAAUGUUCAGUGUGCAAAAAGAGAUUUACAACUAAGCAAUCCUUGCAAUUUCAUGCUUUACAACACUCCCACCCUGGAAAAUUUAUUUGUAGAGUAUGUGAUAGCAUGUUCAAUACUCAAAAUGCACUUAUUGCCCAUAUGGCUUCUCAUCCAGAUUAAUCAAAAUUCUUGUGACUGCUAUUAUAUACACAACUGUCAAUAAAUUUUUAAUGUAUUUAUUUUCAUUUUCUGAAACUAGAUCAUCUGUUUUUUAAACUACUUUUAUUAAGUUUUCAAUUUUCCAUUAUAUUUCAAACAUUGUUCAAAUAAUUUUUUUGACUUGAGAUUUCUUUUUUUAGUUAACUGUUUAAAUACAUAAAAUUUAAUUUCUCCUUUUUUAGUUUCAAAGUUAACUUAAUAGCAAAAAAAAACUAAUUUAAUGCUUAUAGAUUAUUUCGUCCCAGAAAACCUCUGGCUUAUAUAACAUGAGUGACACAUUGGUUAUAAGUUAAAAGUGUGCUGUAAUUUCCUAAAGACUUUAAUUUGAUUUCCUUUACUAUUUUUAUUAAAAAAAGCAAGUUUAACUUUAAUCAGUUUAAAAAUUUUACUCAAAAUAAAAUAAAUUUUUUAAUACUGCUUUUGUUUUUCUAUAAGGUUCUUGCUAUGAUAGUAUUAGCAUUUUACAAUGACAUUCAUGUUACUAAAACUGGUAGAACCAUAUAUUAUCUGAAUGCAUACUUUUACAGCUUAUAAUAGCUAUAAAGCAAAAUGAAAUGAAGCAUUUUUUAUUGAAAGUCAUUACAUUUGCUACAAAAUUGUCUAAUAAGCUACCUAAAGUAAGCCACUUGUGGUUUGUGUUCAAAAUGAAUAAUCUGUUCAACUAACCAAAUGAAAAAUAAAGUGCACUUAGUACCCUACUCCUAAAAGCUAUUGGUUUAACUGAAAUUUAUUGUUACUUUCUUUAUACUUCUUACUGUAUAUUAAUAAGUUUCAUUGUGGAUUUAAUUACAAUAUUUGGUAUCUCCUGUAACCUUGUAAUUUUAAACAAACAACUUCCAUUUUGUUCGAAACUAAGGAGGAAAAUAAUUAAUUAAUCAAAUUGAAUUUUUUUAUUUUCUUUUUCAUUUAAAAAUAAUCUGUAUCUGUGAGUAUAGAGAGAAAACAAAAUCUCCUAACGUUUAGCCAAAGAGCAAUAAGAGCACUGUAGUCAAAAUAUCUGUUCUUAGCUGUGAGAGUCAAGAAUCAAACCUAGGUUGUCUGCAUUAGAGGCCUUUUAAAUGCUGGCAAAAACGAAGUUAAUUCAAUCUCCACCUCUCUGAUAGAAGAUUUUUUUAGUCCAACUAAUGAAGUGUAUUCUUGCUCCUUUUGCGAUUACAAGACUUUUCAUAAAGGGAAAUUUGAGUCUCAUACUGCUUCUCAUACUGGACAAAGACCUUUUAUGUGUACAGUAUGUAAUAAAGGCUUUACUCAAAAACAUAAUUUACAGUAUCAUAUGCUUAUUCAUCGCGGACUGAAGCCUUAUGUUUGUUCAGUUUGCCAUCAAGGGUUUCGAAGAAGUUAUUGUUUAAAAUUACAUAAAGAAAAACAUGGUCAUUAAAUUUUUGUUUUUCUUC